CCCCGACGUCUCAUCAACAUGAAUUCGACUUGAUCCCCCGAAAGCAUUACGGAAUGAAUUAACGAAAAAUGGCUAUAUUGAGACAUAUUUCGGGGAAGAGAACUACAUGAUUUUACUUUUUAAUCUUUUAUGACAAGGGGGAAGCAAACAGACUGAUAAUUUUAGUGUAAAGAGGGUUACUUUCUGCUUCAAACGGAACAAAACACGCACUGGAAUACCAAUGUAUCGACAACAAAAAUCUGAUCUUCUUUGUUGAUGUCAUUUAAAGUGGGCACACAUACCAUCAGGUGCUCUUAUAACUGGAUUUAUAUUCAGGAAAGACUAAAAGUUACUGAUGCAAGAAGACUUUUUAAAGUACAGUUCAAAACAAAGUGCAUUUAGUAACUUUAAGAAGAUCAAGUUGGAACCCGAUAUCCAUGAUGUGAAUGCUUUUGGUAGACACGAAAUAUCGAGCAGCCCAAUAGUAUACCAACAUAAUACUGCAUAUAUUUUACCACAGAAUCGUAAUGUCCUAAGAGAUAUUGAUAAUCAGACUCAGAAUUAUAUCCGUGCUUCUACAAUUAAACUAUUAAAUUCGUACCAGAGAUGUGGCAUUAAAAGGAAGAGUGACGACAUUGACGCACCCAUGCAGCUCCAAGUGCAAGAGACACAGCCAGUUUCAAGUGAUGAAGAUAAAGGCACAAAUGUUGCCACGACGACUACCUCCAAAAAUACCUCCUCGUCUUACAGCGAGGGGGAUUAUCAGCUGGUACAACAUGAGGUUUUGUAUUCGAUGACCAGUCAUAAUGCAUAUGAAGUGCUAGAAUUUCUCGGUCGUGGAACAUUUGGUCAAGUAGUGAAAUGUUGGAAAAAAGGCACUAAUGAAAUAGUUGCCAUUAAAAUUUUGAAGAAUCACCCAUCAUAUGCUCGUCAAGGACAAAUAGAAGUGAGCAUAUUGACUCGGUUAAGUCAUGAAAAUGCAGACGAAUUUAAUUUCGUGCGAGCAUAUGAAUGCUUUCAGCACAAAAACCAUACAUGUUUGGUUUUUGAAAUGCUAGAACAAAAUCUGUAUGAUUUCUUGAAACAAAACAAAUUCCAACCACUGCCACUAAAAUACAUCCGUCCCGUCACACAACAAGUUUUAACGGCUCUUCUUAAAUUGAAGAGCCUUCAUUUGAUUCAUGCGGAUUUAAAACCUGAAAACAUCAUGUUGGUGGACCCAGUGCAAUUUCCAUACCGUGUUAAAGUGAUAGACUUUGGAUCUGCAAGCCAUGUGUCAAAAGCUGUAUGUUCAACAUAUCUUCAGUCAAGAUACUACAGGGCCCCAGAGAUUUUGUUGGGUCUGCCAUUCUGUGAGGCUAUCGAUAUGUGGUCCCUAGGAUGUGUGAUAGCUGAAUUGUUUCUAGGAUGGCCACUGUAUCCAGGUUCAUCAGAAUAUGAUCAGAUCCGAUACAUUUCACAAACACAAGGAUUACCAGCAGAGCACAUGUUAACUGCAGCAACAAAAACUACAAGAUUUUUUAUUCGAGAACAGACAGAUAGCAAUUACCCAUUUUGGAGGUUAAAAACACCUGAGGAGCAUGAAAAGGAAACAAAUAUAAAGUCAAAAGAAGCAAGAAAGUACAUCUUCAAUUGUUUGGAUGACAUGAUCCAAAUCAAUGUACCCACCGAUUUGGAAGGAAGUGAAUUGUUGGCGGAGAAGAUUGAUAGGAAGGAAUUCAUUGAUUUGUUAAAGAGAAUGUUAACUUUGGACCAAGAUCGGAGAAUCACACCAGGAGAAGCACUCAAUCAUCCCUUUAUUACUAUGGCACAUCUUAUAGAGUAUGCUCAUAGUAGCAAAGUGAAGCAGAGUGUUACAGCAAUGGAGAUCUGUAGAAAGUCUGUAAAGAACUUAUUUGAUGUGAAUCAGAACAGUGGACUGAUGUCAAACUUUGUACCAGCAACUACAAGUAGUCUGACUGUUACAUUUAACAACCAGAUCAAUGCUCUACAUUCACAGAUGGCAUCACAGAACAUGACUGCACAACAUCAGGGAACAGAACUUCAGUACUUGCCGUACCCUCUACAGUCUCGUCCAUACAUACCAUAUCAACCUACACAACAGUCACUAAAUCCACAGCUCACAGCACCUAGGAAUAGUAACCAGUUCAACAGAGCUGAUCCAUUUAUACAUGUGUCAUCAGUACUGGUUCCUGGUAUACAGGGAUUGAGUUCUCCUACAAGAUACAAUCCAAUUCCAAUGGUUACACAGGCACCAGCUUUACAGCUACAACCACAGUUAAUAACACAAACUGCUCCAGGAAACUCGUGGCCUGGAGGACAGCCAGUUUUGGUAGGCUCAUGGCAACAGUUAGGCCUACCUCAACAGAGAUCAGUGCAACAGCCUCUCUUAGCAGACACCCUGGCAUCACAGUCCUUACAGGAGAGUUGGAGACAGUCGCUGGUCCUGGAUGGCUUUGAGCAUGGUCCACUUGCUGCAAUGUUGAAUGAAACAGCAGUACAGAACCAACACUUACAAAUGAUGUCAAAUCCGUACAACAGAAAUAAUGAUAUAUCUAACAAGAUGCAAAGGAAACAAAGUCGAAGUUAUGUUAAAGAGCCUACGUCAACUCAUCUUUCACCAGUGAAGAAGAGAGUGAAAGAGAAUACUCCACCAGAUACACUGUUACAACAAGAAGCUGCCCUUUUGUGUGAUUGGACCAAUGGGAACAGUAGUCAUGCCCCUGGGCGUCCUGGAAGAGAACGUCAGACUAUUGUGAUAGCUGACACUCCCAGCCCCGCCCAUAGUAUAAUCACCAUUAGUUCUGAUAGUGAAGAUGAUGGAGAAGGAAAACAUCACAGAAGGGGUCAUCAUCAUCACCAUCAUCAUCAAAAUAGAAAUAUUUAUCUGGAUCAGAAGACAUUGGAUGGGAACUUGUUUGGUUCAGGGGGUGUGUCAGAUUCACCAAGAGUAAAUCCUAUGAGUCAUCUAUUAGUCUCUGACAUACAAGAUUCAGACUUAGAGGACAGCAACUUAGAUUUCAAGAAACAAAUCAAUUUGACACCAAUUAAGCAUGAAGACCUUGAACGAUCAUUACUUAGUGAGGCACAGCAUAGUUUAAGAUCAUAUCCAUACAGUGGCAUGCAGUUACAGAACUCUAGUAAUCCUAUUUCAUUUGUGCCACCAGAAUUGUCAGGCUUGCUAGAUCCAAUUAAGAAAAGGGAGCAGGCUAAAGUUUCACCAUUUUUUGUGAGCAUGCCAAAGCAAGAGGCCCUUCACUCAUCCUCGUCCAUGUCAAGUUUUGAUAGAUUUCGUGGAGGUAGGAGUCCUAAGCAAGAGGUGAAAUUGCCUCCCUUGGAACUGGAUAUGCCACACACGUCAAAUCAUGGAAAAUUGGCAUAUGUGUCGCCCACUGUCAGAUCAGUUCCUAAUCCACAAAUAAAAUUGUCAGCCGCCAAUGCCAUUUACAGCAGUGCAUUGUUUGGACAAAAGCAUAAGCCAAGUAAUUUGAACUUUUCUACAGGAGGGACAAAUCAGCUGUCACCUGUUCAGGCAGGAAUAGCAUUUGGUCAGCCAGUGUUUCUCAAUGCUGGACCUCAACUAGAAGUACAUCGAGACUACAGAAGACAGCCAACAUUACAAGGAAGCCCUGUUCAUCAUUAUUUGUUGCCAGCUCAUCAGCAACCUCAAGUUGCCAUCCCUGCAGGAAUGGGCCAGUAUGCACCGUUCUCACCUACUGUAGCCCCUCCGCCUGCCCAUCAGAGUCCACGACAUGUCCAGUACACGACCCACCCACUGCCAGCACAUGUUCAUCCAGUUCUACAGAGCUCCACCAUACCGGCAGUACAGUAUCAGCCACAGUUAGCUUCACAGUAUGGUGGUCUUGGGAGCUUGAAUCCGGCAUCAGCAGGACUUUAUGCUACAUAUCCUCUUAGCCCAAACAAGGGCAGACCCUUUCAGUAUUUUGCGUGAUGUUCCAUGUAAAUUUCCAUAGAUUUUGUAGUUUUCAUUGGUGCUAUGUGGCAACUAUAUCAUUCCUAUAACUUAGGGCCGCACAGAGUGCUUGGGGUUUUUUUUUAAUCAGAAGCUUUUUUUAUCGUUUAUUAUUCAGUAGUGUGAUGUAAAUUUUGUUAAUGUUGUAAAAUUUUAAUCAUAGUUUGAACAUAUUUUAAUUGUCAAUUUUCAACUGAAAAACUGGUUGUAUGUAAUUGGAAAAGAUAUUGUCCAAAUAAGCAUUUUAUGAGAGUUUUCUUGCCACGUUAUUUUCAUAACAAUAUAGGUUAUCCAGAAUUUUAAAUCAUUAAAAAUAAAAGUUCAGAAAUAACUGAUCGAUUAAUUAUUUUUUUUGUGCAGCUUAAUUUCAUAUGUCAUUGUAAAUAUUUCACAUUUUCAAUUAUAGCAGGAAAAAAAUUCAAAGCAUAGCAUUAUUUUACAUUCCUUAAUUUGAAUGAUUAUCAAUUUUUAAAACUAAGUGGUGUCUAAAAUGCCCUUUCCCUUUUUGUCAUUGACUUUCUUGCUCGAUGAUGUAUUUCCCACAUCUCAGUUCAUUAAAGCAGUUCAUUUUUCAUUAGGUUUUAUUUUUUUUAAACAAAAAAAGUUGUAGACUUAAGCAUGUCCAUGAUAUAUUUGGUAAUGGAGGUUGGGAGGAACACUAAGGAGUUAAAAGACAAGAAAGUAUUAUUUAAGAGGAUAAACCAUGUUUUCAAAUUAUACAACCAGUUUUUUUCCUCAGUAUAUCAAAACAUUUGAUGGUGUUUUUUUAAGCUUUUUAUGGAUUUUUAGUGUGGUACAUGUAGAAUGUUAGCUUUUGUCAUAUCACACACUGUUAUUGUUAGAGCAUUUUAUCGUACUAUUUUAUCGUUUCCACUAAUGCAUUUAAAUGUAGUUCAAGAGUUCUGUUGAUUUUGUUUUCCUUCUUGGCUAUUUUUAUUAGAGACAUAAACAAGACACAUUAGCUUUCAGUGUCUAGAAAGUUCAGGGGCAACAUUUUUAUUGCUGUGUUUACAGUUUGUCUCAGAGGUGUGAUUUAGAUUUUAAAAAACACUGUAUUUAUAGGAACCCUGACAGUAUAGGUGUGCAAAUAUAUAUAAAUUGAUAUUGUCAUUAUAAAACUAUGAUGAACUGUAAAAAUUAAGAUUUUUAGUUCUAGGUAAUUUGUAAGAUGGGGAAAUUUGUACAUUGAAAAUUGCCUGAAAUGAUGAGGAAAUGAAUACAAAUGUGAUAAGGCUUAUGUUAGUGUAAUAGAUUGACUAGCACUGUAACAGUACUAAGGAGAAGUUGUACAUAUAAUGGGUGUUCUGUAGUAUUUUUGUUGUUGAUGGUGAUGAUGAAAUCAGUCUGUUGCUCAUAAGUAAAUGGUAGUGCCUUCAAAUAUGUCUCCAUAAAUUUUUGCAAGAAGAGAGAGAGAUAUUUUCGACAAUUUUUAAUCAGAUAUGGAGACAACUGGUGUGGCCACAUGUUGUUUGCUUCUCGAGUGGAAUCACAAUAUAUCCCUGCACGGACAGGAUAUAGUUAUAUGCAAAUAUUCUACAUGAAUUUUAAAAAGGUGUGCUGGACUUGGAAACAUAUACGAUUAAUUUCCACAGCAAUAAAAUUGUGCCACUUGAUAAAUUUGAUUUGUUAAUAUUUUUAUUUAAAGUGUUAGCCCUCCAGUUACAUGAUCUGUGAUUUGCCAAAGAAUUUUUAACCAGGGCUAUAAAUUGUCAAAUAUUUUCUAUAUAUAGAAUACAAAUGAAAUGAAAAUAUUUUUCUACAGAAUGAAAUGUAGUAGAAAACGAAUGAAGUUUUAAAGGGAAGUAAUUGUACAUAGAAUUCUGAUAAGAUGUAAAUAAAGAAUUUAGUUCAGAUUUUGGUGCACAAAUUUAUUUAAGUGAAAUAAGGUAACAAAUUUGUACAUGUUGUGUGUCUGUGUGUGUAUUUAUCAACUAAUCAUGUAGAUUUGUUUUAUAUAUGGUGCCAUUUUUACUCACUUUCAUCUAAAUGUAUAGCAAGAAAACAUUAUAUUAAUAAAUAUAUAUAUAUUUUUGUUAGCCUCAGUACAAUUAUAAAUUGGAGAAAUAUACUAAUCAGUUAUAAAGGCUGUAUUGCAUUAGAGCAAUAUACUAAUACAAAACUAUUAGUCCUAUGAUUAUUAUUGUAAUUAAAUGUCUCCCUGUAAAUAAGUGUUCAGUAUAUAUAGGUAGAAUGGUGAUUUCACUUUGGAGACGGACAAAAUGGUAUUUUUUUGUGUAUUGUAGAUGUAUUUUAAUUGUGUGUAGUGGCCAUGUGUUAACUGUAAUCUUAUUAACAACUUCCAGUAUAGUUGUAAUGUUGUUUAUGCACCGAUUUAUUGUGAUACUCAAGAUUUGCAUAGUUACUUCAUCAAAACAUUACAGAUCUGUCCACAGAAUGGUUGUUUCUUGGACUUUGUCUGGGGUAAGGGCUCUUUAUAUUAGAUAAGGGUUCAAAAUGUGACCAAAUGAACAUCAAUAUGUACAUUUUCUUCCUUAGUGGGAAAAAAAUGAUCACAAAUAAGUGGCUCUUUAAGUGAAUAAGGGUUCAAAAUUUGACAAAAUGAACAUCAUUAUGUAUGUUUUCUUCCUUAGUGGUAAAAAAUGAUUAAAAAAAGGAAGCUUUGAAACACCGAGCACUUUUGCUGUUGUCUGAGAGAGAAAUUAGUUCAAGCAUAAUGUCAACUGUAAGAAAAAGAACUUAAGAUGUAUUCUUUCUUAAAGAAAGCAUGUAAAUGUCCGUAUAAAAGUUACAGCCAGUCUGUUUGACAUGUUUAUUUCAUUAGUUUUGAUACAUAUAUCACCUCACAUGUUGCCAGUAUUUAUAGUGUCUUUCAAUCCAUUUCCAUGUCAACUAAGUGUUUUUUGGACCAAAUAUGCAAGAUGUUCUGACGACAUGCUUAAGAUCAAUAUUAAAAUGAAUUAAAAGUACCUGUAUUUUGAUAAAUCUCAACUGUCUUUAAGCGGGUAAGAUAAGAUAUUUUAAGAACAAUUUAUUAAUUCAGCAUAAAACUUUAAGGAGCUUUUGACCGAGUAUAAAAACAUGGGUAUUUUGAAAGUUGUAAGGCAUUAUUCCUUGAGGGUUGCAUUUAAAAUUUAAAAAAAUUAAAGAUUGAUAAAAUGAACUUUGUCUUUUUGUGAUUUUAUGAUAUUAUGAAUAUGAAUAGUUAGGUAAUUAAAUUACAAAGGGCUAUAUGGAUGAAUUGCUUGUUACCAAACAUCUUGUAUAGAUCUGGUCAGUACACCAAUCAUUUCAUCAUUUACCAUGUGUAUUCUAUUUGCCUUGUAUAUUCAGCAUUACGUGUAGAUUUUUUUAUCAACUGGUGCACUUGUUAUUUAUAUCGUAUUGUUAUAGACAUUUGGAACUUUCUGUUUGGUAUUGUGUGAUAUUAGUGGUGCUAGAGGUCAACUGACCGUGUAGAAAAGUCAUCAGACCGUUUAGAAUUACAUAUCAAAUUCAUGUUAUUUGUAUACAAAGAAGUUUGGUUUAGAUAAAUUGGAAGGAUGAAUUUUUUGGAAUAGGAUUUAAAGCAAAUGGAUAUCAAUUCUUAAAUUUUUGAGUGUGAGAUAGGAAAAUAGCAAAAAAAUGCAUGUAGUACUUUUAGUGUUGUGGGUUGUAAUUUUGGAUGUUUAAAAAAUUAAAAAGGGCUGUUAUUUUCAAAAACGAUAGAAUUAAUCAAAGCUACCUGUUCCUUUAAACACAAAUUAACAAUGAUCUAACAGAAAGUUUUAAAUCAAGUUUAGUUUUUUUAUUCUAUUUAAUCUUAGCACAUAUUUAAUAGUUUAAUGGUAUUUAUUCAAGUUAGUUUUGAAUGUUUGAAGAAUUUUUUUAAUUCUGUUGAUGUGGUGAAUGGUUGAAUUUUUUUGUUUGUGUUUUUUAAUUCUUGUGCAUGUAGUUUGUAAUUUUCAACAUUGCCCAUUUUGGUACAUUUGGAUUUCUUUUUGCAAUAGUAGUUUUUGGGGGUAUAUCAUGCCAUAGAGUUUUAUAUUUAGUACAUAUAGCAUGCUUUGAAAAUAAAGUAUAAUUACUCAGGGUAGUUGUCAAACAUAGUUUUUGUGGUGGGAUCGUAGACACAUGGAUUAUUUUAAUUUUUUUUUAAAUCAUAUGUUGGAAAAAUUGAUCAAAAGAGAGAGAAUGAAAUAGAAACGUGAAAUGUUGAAGCUAGGUUAUAAAAUUUGUAGACAAUAUCAAAAGUAGAUGUAAUGUUCGAAAUAUGUAAUAGUUAUAUAUAAGAUUUCUCAGAGUAAUGUCAAAGCAGUUAAAUAUAGGUAUUUUCAUAAGAUAUGGAGUAUAUGCAAUGAAUUAGAAUGUUGUGAAGAAAUACUUGCUCAUGUGAUAAUCAAAAACUGAGAAAAAGUCAUAUUAUAUUCAGUUUAGGUCAGUACAGGUUAUUUUGUUUGGUUUGGUUUUUGUUCAUUUUUUGUUAGGCUUCUAUAAUUGAUAUUCGGAAAUUUAUUUUUCAUCGUUAGUGGGUGCUUUUCUUGCUUCUUCCAAAAGAUUUAGCUUUAUAUAUUUUAAACAGAGACUUUUAAAGUAUUGUUGUCAUCAUUUUAGACGUGUCUUUUCAUAAUUAGGUGAUUCUUAGUCUCGUAUCUUCUGUCUCGUGAUGUCAAAGAAAUAAUCAACAUUAGCAUAGCCAGACACACUGUAGUGGAUAAACAAACAAAAACUUAAUUAUCUAAAAUUAUUUAAAUUACUAAUUUGAUAUAGACGUAGCUUGAGAUUACACAGACAAGUAUUAAACUUAUAUAUAUAUACAUAUAUAAAUAUAUCUGUAAAGUUAGUUUGACAUAGUUAUUUGACCUAUUUUACUAUUUUUUUGCCCCUGAAGUAGAUAUUUUUCUGAAAUAUGAUAUAAUAUGUAUUGAUUAGAUUGAUAUUUUUACAGUGGUUUUAUGUUAAGUUUAGAUUGAAAAUAUUUUCAUGAGUUUUCACAUAUCUAUAAAUCUAUUGUCUCCACAUAGAAGAUUAGAUUUAGUUAUCUCCCUUUGGGGUGUAGAUUAAAUAUUUACUCCCCGUUAUCUACAUUACCUGUUCCUUAUCUAGAUGAUUAUCUCAUAUUUUUUGGCAAAACCAUACAUAACCAGAUAUGAAGACAAAUUGAAGAAAUAGUAUUCAAGCUUGUUAGAAUUAGAAUUGUUCAAAUUAAAAAAAAAUCCUUUAUAGAUUUGUCAGGUGAUACAUUUGAUUUUUUUUUCAUGAAAACUUUAACCCAAAUAUUCUUCAUAUUGAAGCCAUAUUGAAGCAAAAUAAAAACAGUUUUUACUGGAUAGCUUUAUAUUGAUUUCAAAACUUGACAUAAAAUCACUGUAAAUUUUAGUUAUGAUGUAUUAUAUACAGUGUUGAUGGCAUUUUUAACAUUUUUACUGGAAUGAAGUUUUGUGUUCAAUUAACCUAUUAGUCUUUUUAUUUUAACAUUAUUUUAUUAUUAUUACUAUUAUUAUUAUUAUUAUUUUUCAUAAGAUGUAGAUGUUAAUAGGAGCUUGUAGAUUUCACUUGUGUGUCAGCAUGUGUGAUAAUAUUUUUGUAUCAUAGUGUGUGUUUUUAGCUUUGUUAUUCAGAGUAUGAUCUCAUAAUUAAUCAUUACGUUAGGCUUUUAUCAUUAGAAAUAUUUUUAUAGGGUCAUUUGUUUAAGAAUUGUUUUAUGAAAUCGGUACCGUAGUGUGAAACAAGUUUUAAGACUGUAAUAUGUUUUAAUACCAGGUAUAGUAAGAGAUAAUUGAGAAUGCAGAUUGACAUAUAAUUUUGAUAUCAAAUUUGAAUUUUAAGUACUCUUUAGAUUUUGGUUUUGUAAAUUGAACAGAAAGACAAAUAUUAAUCUUUUUCAGUUAAUUAAACAGAUUACUCAUUAAAAAAAAAUCAAAAAACUUUGUUUUGAGGAGGUUUUAUACUGUAAUUUUUAAAAUUUUCAGUCGUAUCACUCAAAUAUACCCUCUUAUGACACUGUAACAGCAUUGCAAUGAAAUAAAUUUAUUUAAAAUGAAAAUCUAACUUACAAAACUCAUGAGGCACUUGUAAAUGUGUACCAUUUUUAGAAACCAAUUUUUGAACCAAUGACAAUAUGUAACUCUAGUUAUCAUCAGUCAUUAUUUUACCACAUAGUUUUGAUGAGGCACACUCUGGUUGUCUUUCAAGAUGGCUUUGAUACAUUCCAUGUCUAGUGCUUUUUGUAUUGACCUUUUUGGUGCCCCGGAUUGACAAAAAAUGUAUAAAAUGGCUACAGCUAGUCAACAUAUAGUUCACAACAGCUAGGUUUAAUAUAAAUUUUAAUGUUAACCCACUUCUGUUAUACAUGUACAUGGAAAAUAAUUUUGGUACAUACAAUUUUCUUCUCAUUAAUUAGUUCUUUUCAAAGAAAGAUCAAGGUUUUUUGUUUUUGUUGUUUCAAACAGUAAAAUUUUGAAAAAAAAAUUCAUGCACCAUGAACAGAGGGAGACUGAACAUUAUUUAGGUUCUGCCAUAAACAAGCCCUAAGGCUUUUCUCAGGUAUUUGUUUUUUCUAAAUUAAGUUUAAAAAGUACUUUCUUGUAAAUAGUUUUUUUGGGCGGUCAAGGGGGAUGUGUGUGGUGUGGUGAAUUAAAUGUUGACUAGCUGUAUUGUGUGCUAUAACUUAAAAACUGUAAUUUCUAGUUUAGUUCAGAUUAUAGGGAUUCCAAUACUUUACAGUAUUAAUUUCCCAGAGUUCAUAAUAAGGGUUGUUUACAAGGGAUUGUUCAUUCUGAUCUACAAAUUAAAUAGAAGUUGUAGGAUACCAUUGUGGACCCCUGCCACCAAAGGCAGCUAAGAUGUAUUGUUGGAUCUUUAUAUUGUUGACUUGUAUUUGUAUAAAAAUGUUCUUUCGAAAGAAAAAAAGUUUUCUUGUGGCAAUCAACUUGUUUUAAAAAAAAAUCAGUUUUUAUGAAAAGAGUUUAGGUUAAGUAAUUGUUAUAAGUUGAUUAGUUAGCAUUAAUUGGGUUAAUUUACAAAAGUUAAAAAUUGUUUUUGUUUGACUGAAAUUUUGGAAACAACAGAUUUUGGAAUUAGAUAACUAAAAAGUAUUGCUGAAGUUUUAAAUAUGUUUUUUAGAUACAAAUGAACUUUAUCUUUUCACAAGUAUUUUUCAAUUCAAAUGAUUUCAUUGUUUCACAAGUUCACUGCCAUACCCUAUUCACAGAGGCAUUAUCAUUCUUAAUAUUGAUGCAUUUUGUAUUUUCAUUGAUGAAACCCAGAGUGGAGCCAAUAUGGGAGCACAUUUUUAAUCAUUAUUUUAAUCUUAUUUUAAUAUUUUUAAUGGUUUUAUAUGUAAUAAUCGUCUAGUCAGUUUGUUUGAACGGUUUCACGCUACUUACUCCCCCCUUUUAUCAUGUGAUUGCCAUAUCUCAUUGUACUCCCCUAACCACAUUACAGUGGGUAUGUAGUUGAUUGUCUCUUUGCCCACACUUGUGAUCAGCAUUAUAUAGAUUUUAUGCUUUAUGUUUUGAUCCCACACACAAGAGAAAAAUUGGUCUGCCUAAGAAAAAGUUAUUAAAUUUUUAUUUUUAAUGAAUGAAAUUAAUUGGUUAUAAUUCAUGAUUUUAUUGCAAUUUAUUUGUUAGAAAUGUUGAAUUUUACAAUUUAGGUUAAAGUUAAUUUGAAAUAUUUGUUUUGAAUUCUACCUAUUAAUAAAGGAAAAGAUUUAAUUUUUAAAAAAAACAUAUAGAUAGAUUAGAAAAAAAGGGACAAAAUUUUCAGUUAAGUAAUGGGAGCAAUUAGAUAAGGGAUAAUUAGAUAGAUAAUAACCAUAUUUUCCUCUUGUAGCUCAAAUUAAAUGUAUUCCCAACCUUUUUCUCUGAUUGUUGAUAUAUACAGUUAUAUAUUUGUAAUUAAGUACCUAAUUAUUGUGUACUCCGUCAUUAAUCAUUUUGUAUUAAUCGUGUGCAAUAUUUUCGACAAAGCGUAGUAAUCACGUCGGUAUGGGUUGCUAAUACCAGCUUGUUUCCUUUGAUAUAUCAGACAGUAGUAGUUACUCACAUUUUGGGAUCAAUAGGAAAUAAAAUUUGUUUUCACUUGA